AUGAGCACCCGGGAUUUCUACACCGUCGCCCACGAAACCCUCCAAUGCAUCUACAGCAGCGUGGAAGUCGCCCAGGUCGCGCACGCCCGAAUCCAAGCCCACAAAGCCACCGACGGCGCUAGCGACGAGGGCGAAGCAGAGCUAGCGGCUGUCAUCCACGGUCUAGAACGCCUGAUAGAUCAGUUCGAGUUUCGCCUGGACACUGAGAUUGGAGACACUCCGAUGGCGAUAAGGCUGAAGACGACCUUGAGGGGCAUUCGAGAUCUGCUGGAAACCUUGAGACCGUCCCCGGUGCUGGAGGAUUUGUGCGCUUCUUUGGAGCAGUUGGGUGUUGAGAGGGAUGACAGGACCACCGGAGAACACCGAAAGAUAGAGUAUGCUACGACUGCGAAGCGUGGUAUUGAGAUGCGUGCCAGGGACAGAAGGAAGAUCAUGGACGCCACCAACCGAUGCUCAGGGAGCUUUGAGGAUAACAUAGUUGAUUGA